AUGACAGUUCCAGAAGCUGAUAAGCUCAAAGGACCGAUUGCUUCCGAUAUCAACGGAAGCGGCAGCGAUCAUCCACCUUCAUAUAGCUUGAACGAAAGUAUCACUCUCGAGCUAGCAAAGUUGAAUCUUGCACCAUCGACAUCUGAUCCACUCUCAAGCACUGUCACGCCAGACCAAUGUGUAGCACAUUUGAAAUUCUUGGCUGUACUCGCUGACUUGCGAGAAACGAUCUCGAACAAAGAUGGCCUCUUUCAGAUAUUCGAUGUCGAUGCAACUAACUACCCUGACGCGCUCGACCGCGCUCAAGCUCUCAUACGUGAGAAGCGCUGGGCUGUUUACACCGCGCGCGCUGCUGACCGCUAUACAAAGUGGUGGUUUGAAGGUCUACCGAAGUCUCGGCCAUCGGUGACUCAAACAGAUUUGGAUGGCGCUAGAUAUGAGAGAAUCGUUGAUGGUUUCGGAGAAAUAGUUGACUUUAUUACAUGGACCGUAGACAAUUUGCCUCCGCUUGAUAUUUUGAUGGUCUGGCAUUCUCAUAUGCUAAACCCCAGAAACUAUCUAGAAGAUUGUAUUCGAUAUGGGAGACUGAGUGCAUGGAGAACAGGCUUCCCAUUCGAGGAAGUGAAUAACCACAUCAAUGACAAUUUGGAAUACGUUGUCAGCCAGCAGACGAAAGAUUUGUUCGAAAAUAAGAUCAAGAUCAAAUGGGACAACUUACUCGACCCGUCAACAAAGGACCUUGAGUGCCCACGUUGUGAGAAGAAAUGGGUUCAAGUUGAAUGGACUGGUGGCGAUGUGAUCGGAGAUUCGCUUGAAGACAUGUUCCAACAUGCCUCUGGCUACGCAGAUAAGUCUUUCAAGGCAACAUGCAAAGACUGCAAGUCUGAAUUUGGCCAUGGUCUGCUCAGAGUAGCCAAGUUCCGUAAGGAUGCUCUAGAAGUCCUUGACGAAAAUAAACCCAUGCCAGGAUCUCUAUUGAGUAUCAACGGGAUGCCCGAAAACCAACCUCCGGGGGAUAAAGCGAAGAGUUUCAGGCCGACUACUUUUCCAACACGACUGAUUCGCGCUCUUGGUCGACAAUUAAUCACUGAUUAUAUAGGCAGCUCUGCUGAUAUCGAUGGUAUUCGCGCGUGUCUUGAAAUCAAACUGGAAGAUAGGUGGUUCAGAUUCAAAAUACACGAGUUGAGUGGCCCCUACAAGAGUCCCAUACGAGGAGGAGAAAAGGUUUUCCUUCGGCGUAUGAUGGCUCAUUAUUGGGAUAACUCCAGCCCAUUUUCUCUGGACCUGGUUGGUGCAGUAAUUCGCCAAGGCACAUUUGUUCAGAAGAUGGAUAAUAUAGACUGGCUUCACUCACCUACUGUCAUGGAAACGGCACGACGUCUUAUAGCGAAAUACGAAGUCUUCAUGAAAAUAAUGCUUACCAACCCACGAAAUAUGGCAGUACCAACAUUGGAUGUCGAUCUGGCAUGGCAUACGCACCAGAUGUGCCCAAGCAGAUACUACGAAUACACUACAGCAAUAGAGAUCAGGGGCAUCCGCCAAUUCGUCAAUCACGACGACAAGAUCGACGAAAAUAGGCUCUCCGAAGCAUUCGAGUGGACAAGCAAAAUGUACCGCCGCGCCACAAACGGCGGGAUCUACAGCGAAUGCACCUGCUGGUACUGCGAAGCAGUCCGUGUCCCAGAUCUAUACGGCCGCAUUUUCAGCAUCGGAUCAUCAACAGUCGCUCGCAACAGCGCGGAAUCUCUUCACACUCGACAAGAUAUUUCCUCAGACCCAGACAAGAACCCGCAUAUCUCUGCGCACAAUGCGGUACGGCCUACCUUUGGGGUAUCCGAAGGCGACAAGGCUGGUUUGCUUCAGCGACUUCGUCUCCAGAAGAACUAUGAAAAGCUGCUCCGGCGAUCUGAGAAACAGGGAGUUCGACGCAAAGAUACAAGGGAGAAGACGGACCAACACGGUGUUGUUCUACCUUAUUACUACGCUCCUUAUAUGUGUGACCCCGGCAUCCACUCGAGUGCUUAUGUUUGCAAUCCUAGCUUGCGGGUGGUAUUGGUAAUUGUUGCCAAGGGACAUGCGGAGGAGGUGUUGCAGCUGGCUCGUGUGGUGGUGUGGGUUCUUCUUGCAGUGGUGGAGGUGCAGCAUGUGGUGGUAGUGGUGGCUGUGGUGGAGGGGGUGGAGGAUGUGGAGGAGGGGGAGGGUGUGGAGGUGGGGGAGGGGGAGGAGGUGGUGGAUGUGGUGAGUUAUCUUCUCUUCCCUGAGGCUAUCUUCAACAAUGACUAA